GUACACGACUCUGUCUCCGUUAAACGGGCUAGGAGGAGGGACUACGAGCACUACGUGCUUGGAGAACCGUUCAAAAAAUUGACCACGAGAAUAUUUUACACCUGGAAAUCAAUUUAGAUAAUCGUUUGAGGAGCAGUAGUUGCCUUUUUAAUCGGUUUCAUUUAUCGUUAUGUCCGCUUCUCAGUUUUGUGUCUGUUACAGUGUUGAUAAAUAUUGCUACAUCGCUAGCCAGCAAGCCAAUAUCGAGCAAACCAUAGUCAACCACCAACAUCGCGAGUUGAAUGAAGACGCUUUGCAUGGGCUGUAGCCUAUCCCGUGUAGAUAAGACAGUUGUGUAGCUAACAUUACUGUAACUAGUUAUCUGACGUGCAGAGUUUUUGUUUGUUUUAUUGGCCUGAUAUUUCUCUCAUUGGUAUUGGUGAAGAAGAGACGAGCAGAUAUCGAGGACGGUAUUGAUUGGAUAUCCAUGAGCUCCGAUUUCCAGCACUACAGUUUCAGGAUGCCUAAUAUCGGGUUUCAGAACCUUCCUCUCAACAUCUACAUUGUGGUGUUUGGGACCGCCAUCUUUGUCUUCAUCCUCAGCCUUCUCUUCUGUUGCUACUUGAUAAGGUUAAGGCACCAGGCGCACAAGGAGCUGUAUGCGUACAAACAAGUUAUACAGAAGGAAAAGGUCAAAGAGCUAAAUUUGCAUGAGAUAUGUGCGGUGUGCUUGGAGGAGUUCAAACAGAAAGACGAGUUGGGGAUUUGCCCGUGCAAACACGCCUUUCACAGGAAGUGCCUCAUUAAGUGGCUGGAGGUGAGGAAGGUGUGCCCGCUGUGCAACAUGCCUGUCCUGCAGCUUGCCCAGCAGGCGGGCAACACCAUCGACGUCACCGUGCCCAUACAGCAGCCCCUGCCAGGCAUGGAAAACCUGGUGUAGCGCAGACUGCAGUGCACGCACACACACCUGUACAAGUACACGUAUACCUCGAUCACACCGACAGCGUCAUUGCAUUUUGAUACACCAGAAGUACAUUCAUUUCCAAUGGAACGCUGUGUUUGCCUUGCAUCAUCGGACGUAUGCAUCAAAUUCUUUGCGUAGACGGCUUGACAGAAAUGGUAGAAGAUGAUGCCGCGUACCAUUUUGCGCAAUGACGCUGUAGGUGUGAUCGAGGCGUUUAUAUGUGAUUAAAAGACAGGACAGACAAUGGAGAAACACAACAGUGUUACGAUGCAGACAGAGACUCACGGUGACGAAGAAGUGAAUCUCCUCUCAUCUCUCUGCCUUGGUGGAUUCCCAUAAGGAUUUUUUUAUAAUAACGGUUCUUUACUGACAAUCUUUUUUUCUUUUCUUUUGGACACAGCCGUGGUCACUAUUCUGACCGUUUCACAACCAAAGCACUUUUCUGGGGACACCAGCACGUGACGAGUAAGAGGCACGAAAACCAACAACUACAACACGUUGACAUGAAAAUGGCGUCAUCGUUUAGUUUUCUUUUUAACGACUAAACCUUCGUUUUUUUUUCUUUUUCUACAAGCACUUUAAAAUUGAACGCUUGUGAGGAGGUUGUAGUAGCAACAAGGUUAUAUUUUAUGUUAUAUUAUUUCGAUGAACUUUUUUGUGUGUAUAUAUAUAUAUACACAGAGCCACGUGAGUUAAUUUUUUUGUUGAGUGGAGACUUUUUUGGGGGGGUUAGGGAGCAUAAUAUCUUAAAGGGACAGUAGCCUCCAAAUGAAUUAACGUCUGGAUACUCGUGGGAAGCUCAAGGAACCCCAGAAUUCUGUGGCCUGAUCCACCCUCUCACACAUACAAAAGUGGAUAUUGGAGGGGAAUAUGUGUGUGUGUGUGUGUGUGUGUGUGUGUGUGUGUGUGUGUGUGUGUGUGUAGAGAGAGGAUCACCCCAACCUCAGUACUUGGUGUCUAAACAACUUAAUGUGAAUUAAGAGAGGAUGGGUGUGAAUGUGGGGUUGUGACCCGAAUCAUCUGGUUCACCGGUGUGCAUCGGACUCUGCGUCCCCUCUUGCAUAUGAAGGUUGUACAGUUUGUUACUCACUGCACACCUCAGUGUCUGCGUUCCCAAAUGGCACUCUAUUCUCUAAAAAGUGCACUAUUUAGGGAAUAGGGUGCCAUUUGGGAACGCUGCCUGUGUGUGUGUGUGUGUGUGUGUGUGUGUUACAAAAAGGCUGUGGCCACUGUCACGGUCUGCAUCUGUCAUUUCAGAAAAAGCCAAUAGUUGCUAUUCUGUUGGGGGGAAAAAAUGUGAACUAAUUGCUAAAACGCAACAAUGCCGAGUUCGUAUUCUCAUUGAAAGAUUUUUCACUAUGUGGUUUUAUGAGGGUCGAAUCAUAUUAACAUAGUAGUAUUCUCUAGUGUAAACAUAGAGCCCCCUGUGUGUGUCACACACACACACAGACAGACACACACACCCGACACAAACUGUGGAGGGGUCCUGGCCUCUAUCACUUCCUGUGGACUGGCGAUCAGGAAGUAAGAGAAACCCAACACCCAUGGCACCCCUAGAGCCAACAUCCAAUCAGAUGCCUCCGUUACUGUUGCAUAAGAGAAGACUGAGCUCCUCCCGAGCCCACAGCGCUCCCAAAGCAUUACUCAUUCAGCUUGUGGCAACAGAGCGCUAUGAAAACGCAUAGCUGGAAGAUUCCUCUCUUGGUUUUAUACAGUUAAAGAUACAUCCCUCUCUUGCCGUCCUCAGGUUUGAGUGAGGUUUAGCCUGAUGGAAGUCUAAAACAACUAGCCCAAUCUACACACUACAUAGUAAACGAGUACUUCAUAUAAUGCCAAGAUGAUUAUAUUCCAAUAUUGUCGCCGAUGUGAUCAUGUCUAGAAUCAUAUAUUCUAUACGCUAAUCUUUACAAAACCUAGAACAAACACUGGUCCACUGAGGCAGUGGUUCUUAAACUUUUCCAGCUCGAGAAACAAAUUUAGAAAUUGACUGUCCUCCCCUCACCCAAAAGGUCCUCCAACAACCCAAAAGAACAAUAAAUAGCGCGUGAUUAUAUAUAUAUAUAUAUAUAUAUAUAUAUAUAUAUGAUGUAGCAUUACAUGUGGCAGAAAAACUCAUGGUCUUUUACUCGGCACUGAAAGAGCAGGACCACCCGCGCUUUCACUUCCUCAAUUCAGUCAACGACUCAAAGCUGCUUCUGCGAUUAGUAAUUACUUAACGCUAUUUAGCUUUAGCUUAGCGUUGAUCUAAUUAGGCUAUGGGGGAUAUAGGCUAAUUAUCUAGUUCAAAUUCUGGCAGCACUCAGCAUAUCGGUCAACACACAUACGUACGUUCCCAGUAGAUGUCAUUGAGCGGGUAUAGGCCCUGGUUAGCAGUUGUAGAGAACAGCAGGCUCAUUCCAGCGUUUUCCCCAAACGCUCUCUCCACUCUGGUGUUUUGUUCCCCGAUACACACACCAACCCCUCUACCCUGGUGCUUUGUUGCACCACCUUUUGUGGCAUCACUGUAGUAAAAGUGCUGUGUGAUAGUUUGGAACAGAGGGGAAACAGUGUCCCAUAGGUCAGGGGUCAGCUUGUGUCACUGUGUCAAAGGUCACAGACUAGAUCUAGGUGAUUGGUCAUAAUAAUGGCGUUAAAUGCAACUUUAUUUAUAAGAAAGCCUGGUCUGUCCUAAGAGUGAAGAACCGAAUCGACCCUACCCUGUUAAGUGUUUGUACCUUUUCAGGACCCCGGCUUUUUCAGUGCUGAGCAUCAGGCCCAGCUCUAGAACCACUGCGCUUGUGUCUCCUAAAAAUAGUGGUAUUCUUAGGAUUCUAGGUGUUAAGACCCCCAAGUCGUUAACGAAAUGUACUGUGUCCACUGGCUUUACCUUCGUACAACAGAGGGGAAUGUUAGCCUACUGUAGCUAGCUGGUGAAAAGAAUAGUAGGACAUUGUUUCUGAUAUUGGCAAAAAAAUUCUCCCUUCCGCCCUGCCCAAUAAUAUCUAUUGUAUUGGAGGGAGGAGGAUGACAAUUGUGAUUAUUGUAUUUUUUUUUUUACUUGUGCUUUACUUACGAUGUGUGUUCAUUUUGGCUAUUUGUUUGAAGAGACACCAGUCUGUGGUUGAAUGUGGAAUGAGAAAAACCAUAACCUUUUUAUUGAAGGCGCCCGGCCUUGCUUGUAUUUGCGGGUCGCAUCGAUACCCGUUUGCCUCUUCUUGGUUCUUCUUUGUGGCUACACACAAAAAUGAGCUACACAGGAACCAAUGGAGGUGUCACCCUUUCUGUAUAUAACUCAAAUAUAGGUAUGUAACACACCUCUUUGUACAAAGAGACUUCAACGCUGAUAUUAAUUUCAGAACUCCAAAGUUUGACUGGUCCGAAGUUAAUUUUUUGACAACUAGCCCCGCCACUUUCUUAUUCCCUAAAGACUCCUAUAUUGUAACAGAUAGCCAACAAGAACACAGCAAGUCUUGAUGCUUCAUCCUCUACUAUGUGUGGAUGUCUCUGAAUUGACGGUUUAAAGGGAGAUUUAACGAUAGGACUGGGUGGGGAGGAGACCGAUAAUGUGAAAGCAUGCGAUGAAAUGGCGGCUGCACUUGCAACCAAUUUCACCAUUUGUAAUUGUACAUAGAGUAGUAGUAGUAGUAGUGUUGGUAGGAAGACAUACUGCAUAAACACUUUUUACUGUGAGGGGGUGUGCAUUGUGCACCUGUUAGGUUCUAAUUCAGAAUAAAAACACUCAACGGACAUUAUGAAAGCUUAACCAAGUUUAUUCUGCCCAGAGGGUCAAUACAGCUGCAUUCAGACAAAUACAUGUUUCCACCACCACAAGUAUAUAUACUUCAAUUUAGGCACUCCUUCUCUCCAAUCCUUACAUCUUUUAUGGUUCGACAGGAAGACGAAGUGAUAAGGGAGAAAUGAUGGUUUAUUACCCUAAGGGGAUCUGACCUCAUCCCCCUUGAUGCCUAAUCCAAAGAUCUCCACCCGUAUCCCCUCUAGCAAUCCUGUGACUUCUUCCCAUCCACCUAGCACAUUCCAAAGCCAUCUGGUUCCUACAGAAUCCAACACAACGAAUAGCUGAGGAUAAUUCUUCCAUUGAAAACACUGCAUCUGAGCACUUAACUGCCAUUUGCCCAUCCGAGAAUUGCAACAAUUCCAGACAUCUUGUAAUGCUUUCUUUCAAAUGAGAGUUGAAGGUCAGAAGAGAACUCUUAUCUAUUAUACUCCAUCAUUUCUUCCUGUGUAACUCCCUAAUCCUUCCCCCACACUUCUUGGACCAGACAACAUGGUUCUGGGUUCUCUCCGAGUCCUGGAAAGCAUGUAGCCACGGUCAAGUGCCAUAACAGCAGGCAGUUAGAGGCCCUUCUGCGAGAGGAAGGAAUCAUGUGUAUAUUCAUAGUGAAUAAUCACCUAUCGUCUACUAGUUAUUACUGCGCAAGGUACCAGGCCAAAUCUAUUUGAAAAACAUUGGGAGUUUGGACGGUUGAUGAAUUUAGUGAUGACCCACCCCAUCGUGACCUCCAUUGAUGUCAGCGCUGUUCCAGAGAACGCCAGCCUAUUGGACUGUAAUAUUAAAGGACUAUGAUGUACUUGCUUCAGUAUCAUGAAUUACUGAGAGGAGUGAGGCUCUUUGUCACGACAGCAACCAAAAUGCGUAAUAACGGGCCCCUUAUCGUGUAUCCUUUCUAUAAGGUGCUUUUAUCUCAGAAAGUAUACCCAGAGACAGGAGAAAGUAGGACAUCCCACUCCUUAAUUUUUUUCUCUUUCAAUGGAAGACAAUGAACUAAGUAGACCAGACCAAGCUGCGAUCACAGUGGUGUCUAUAGUAGAGCCACUCCCUUAAGUAGACAUUUUUUUAAAUGGUGAAACGGCCUGAGUGAACCAUCUUUUUUUUUAAUCAACCAUCUUUGGUAUACCUGGCUGUUGGCAGCCAUUUUGUGGGCCGGAUCUCAAGGUCAACGCUGUGUAAUUGGCCGCUUGGGCCUCAAUAACGUGUCACUGCCUCACUGAAAACUCUCAAUGUGUAUGGUGUCUAUUCAUUCAAUGUAUAGCUCUUGUAGUGCCCCCCUCUCCCUCAAGUACAUCCCGUCUCGCCCCUAAUCCACUUUAUCCCAACCUCCCACUAUGUCCAAUAGCCACCACAUUCUUCAAUGGGUCAACCUACCCCAUCCCUGUGAUAACCUCUCUCACCAUUUUACCCCAGCCUCCCGCUUCAUCCACCAGCCCACACUUUCUUCCCUUGACAGGUGAACCUACCCUACCCUCAAUGGGUCUACCCAUCCUAUCCUGAGUUAACAUUGUUUAUAAAAUUAAGAAUUCUGCAGCAGAAUAUUUUUGGAGAAAUUUGCUGUACAGUAUUUGUAAGCUCUAUUUUUGUAUAUUUAAUUGCCAUUUGAGGAAAAAAAAUUAUGAAUGCAUUUCUUUUGCUAAUUCUGUUUUAUUCAUUAAAAAAUUGUUGCAUGUGACUGACUUGAACUGUAAAUAAAAUUACCACGUUUUGGAAAUAA